AUGCAAUUCUGGCUCCGCCGACCCUCGCCGCACCUCGUAGCCUUCCUCGCCUUCUUCGUCUGGUACCUCCUCCUCGUGCAUGACGUGCGCAACUGGUCCCACCGCGACCCCAGCUCCGCCUUCUUCGACCCCGAGCGCGCCUUUGAACGCAAAUACUCCCUCGAGCGAGAGGCCGAGGCCGAGUCGUACGUUGCGCGCCUCGAUGGCUCCUACAGUCAGCAGAGCGUUGUAAAGGGCUCCGCCGAGUCCUCCUUCUGCAUCGGCGUCCCUACCAUUCAAAGAGAUGGCGCGAGAUAUUUCCGGCGCACCCUCGGCUCCGUGCUCGCUGGAUUGACGCCGGCGGAGAGGAAGGACAUCUACCUGGUCUCGCUCAUUGCCAAUUCCGACCCGACGAUGCACGUGGCUUUCGGAGAGCACUGGCUGUCGCUGGCCGCAGAUGAGGUGUUGACCUACCCAAAUGCGAGCGAGGGCGUGCUGGAGCGGGUCAAGUCACUGGAGACCUUCGAUCCCAAGUUUGAUCGCAAGCCGCUGUUCGACUACACCUAUCUGCUGCGCCACUGCUACAAUCACGGCGCCCCGUGGAUCGUCAUGCUGGAAGAUGAUGUGAUUGGCGCCGAAGGCUGGUACUACAGGACGAAGCAGGCUCUGGGGACGUUGGAAGGCUUGCGGCCGUUCAAUUCCACCCUUUACCUGCGACUCUUCUACAACGAACGCAUCCUCGGCUGGAACAGCGAAGAGUGGCCGACGUAUUUCAUGCGCGUCCUGAUGGCCGAGGCCAUUGUCUUCGCGGCAAUCAUGCUCGGCUUGUUCUUCAUCCCCAACGCCACGGCCAUCUUCGACCCUACGACCGUCUUCACGCUCCUAUUCGUCGUGACUCCAAUGUUCAUCGUCCUCUAUUUCGCCGCGGGCCGGCGGACCGUUUCGCCGCUUGCUUAUGGGCUCAAUCGUAUGGACGCGUAUGGCUGCUGUUCCCAGGCUUUUGUCUUUCCGCGGCAACAACUUCCCGAACUCAUGGCGUACUAUGAAUCAGCAGGCUCUGGCAAGAUGGAUCAGCUGACGGAGAAGUAUGCCGACGAGCACAGCCUUGCGCGCUGGGCUCUCACGCCAAGCGUCUUUGCGCAUGUGGGCAGCACGAGCUCGAAGCAAACGUCCGUGUCGCGAUGGGGCAGGAGUAAUACGGAGAAUAUCUGGAAUUUUGCAUUCGAAACGUUUGACCGGGAGAAGCUCAAGGAUGAGCAUAUGUGA